AUGAAGAUUAUUUGGGCGAGUUUGGCCGGACUUGGAGUCGCGAAAACGAAGACAGAAUGCGAAGCUUGCAAGAGACUUCAAGAAGGAAUCGAGAGAAAUUUGAAAAAGACGAAAAAUCAGAACUUCGGCGGAGGAAACUCGAAAUGGGAAGAGUCAAGGCUAGGUCCCUGGGCAACAAGCGAGUCCCGAAUGAUCCAAACGAUUGAAUAUGCCUGUGAAGGAGAUUUCCGCUGCUCGAGCUUCUUGGAAGAAUACGAAGAAGACGUCGAAGAUUGGUUCAAAACUGGCCCCGAUUCUGCUCCCGAAGAAGAUCGCAUCGACUUCUUCAAAGAAUUCUGCGUUGAAAAGUCAAAGUCAUGUUGCGAAGACAAGAACAGCUUCGGAAAAGACUGUCAAGCUUGCCCAACAAAUGUUAAUCAAGAAGUUUGCAGCGGUCGCGGAACUUGCGAAGGCGCCGGUGAUCGAAAAGGCAAGGGCGGCUGCAAGUGCAAUCAUGGCUACUCUGGGAAACACUGCGACGAAUGCUCUUCCGAAUAUUUUUUGGAAAAAGAAGUUUCGAUGACUGAAAAGCCACUAUGCACCAAAUGCCUGCAUAAAUGCAAACAAUGCAAAGGAGAAAAAGGCAAAUGUCUCGGCUGCAGAGAUGGUUAUGAAGUUGAAGGAGAAAUCGCAGAAGAUGGAACUCAUGAUUGCAAGAAACCCAAGCCCAAAAUUCCAGAACCCGAAGAAGACGAUCAAGGCUUACUCGAUUCAAAAAGUGUAGAAGAGGUAAGAGACCCACCAGAGCCACCAGCAAACUCGGAGGAGGUCGAUUCUCCUCCAGAACCGAGCACGACUGCCGAAAGUAGCACCACAAGAGCACCACCCACGCCUGAUCCGCGAUUCGGAGUCGACGCGUUUGCCAAAAAUAAGCACGAAGAUCUUUAA